UCGAACUAAAAUAUUGAAUCGCUUUCGUGCGCUGUUGGUGAUGUUCUGGCACACCUCUGCUAGAACGAUGCGUGUAUUUUCGUACGAUAUAUCGAGAGAAAUGUUCGCGUAGUAUUGUUCCGUGGAGACGCGCGAAGGAAUUCGCAGUUUGAUAAAUCCGCUCGAGAAGUCGACCAGUCAACAGUUCGUCGCUCACCAUGGAUAGGAGAAAAAUGUCUACUGCGGGGGAUUCCCUCUAUCAAAUUUUGGAUAUACCUAAGACUGCCACUUCAGAGGAGAUCAAGAAGACAUAUAGGAAAUUGGCAUUGAAGUAUCAUCCUGAUAAGAAUCCCAACAAUCCAGAGGCAGCUGAAAAGUUCAAGGAAAUAAAUAGGGCACACGCCAUCCUCACAGAUCUAACAAAACGUAAUAUAUAUGAUAAUUACGGAUCUCUUGGUUUGUAUGUCGCAGAACAGUUUGGGGAAGAGAACGUUAAUGCUUAUUUUGUUGUUACUUCUGGAUGGUGCAAGGCAUUGUUCCUGUUUUGUGGGCUAAUUACUGCUUGUUAUUGCUGCUGUUGUUGCUGUUGCUGCUGCAACUUUUGUUGCGGCAAAUGCAAACCCACUCCUCCGGAGGACAGCGGCGCAUACCACAAUUUACAGCGGAACCCGAAUCCAGAGGCUGAUGUUGUGACAAGUCAACCGCGAAGUUCGGAACAGGAAGAGGAGAGUGAUGAGGAAGCAGUAACUUCUCAACCACAAGGCAGAUCCUCACCGAACUCGUCCAACGUGCAGCCGCCUGUAUACGCCAUGCCCGCACCGGGAUCAGCGGCGACGACGUCUACGGCUAACGAAAGCACGAAUCUAAACAGCGGCGGCGAACGCGUGAUUUAUACCACUGCGGCUGCCACAAAUCCAUUCAUAGGAGCGAAUGCAGCUUCGACCGACACCGGACCAACCAGAUGGUAGACUGAACACGUGGAAAAACCAUCGCGAGCACUGAUUCAUGUUUAUAGCGCCGAGUCCCUACGAUAGCUCAUCGACACGGUAGAUCAUAACUACGUUCAUUGUCUCUCGAUAGGAUAGACUGCGAUCGGUUUGAUGUAACGAAUUUUUCUUUUCUUUUUCUUCUUUUUUUUUCUUCAUAAGGAGGGGUACCAAAUUAUACAAUUAUUAGGUAAUUUUAUCGUACACUAUUUUUUUAUUUAUUCUUAUCAUUUUUUAGGGGUUUCAAUGUAGACACAUUUGGGUUCAAUAACACAUUUGGGCUCGAAAACACUUUCUUUCGACGUAUUUCGAGACGCAUUGAGACGUCCAACGGGAGAACCUACCCAAAGAGAAUGUUCGAGUAGAAAUUACUGUAGAGAUUACUUUGUAGCCGAGGAACAUAUCGACAUUCCAUCUUAAUUUAUCAAUCUUCCAUUUCAUAAAUACUUUUUGUAUUAAAGGUAUUCAUGAAAGUAAUUAAAUAUCUACAAGAUUUUUAUUUUUAUCAGUUUCUACGCGAGUUGUGUACACGAAUAAGAUGUUGUAGUAAACAUUACAUUAAAAUUAUAUAUCUUUUCACAAUGUAUUUUGUAUAGCUGGAUUAUAUUGAAAUUAUAAUAUAAAUUAUCAAAGAAAAAAAUAAUAAAUUCGACAAUCCACAGAAUAUACGAUAUUAAAAGCAUUCAAUUAUUUACGAUUACAUUACAAUUGUAAUAAAAAGUUAAACGUAUAUUUUUAAACAAACAUAGUUAUUUUGAUCAUAAUUUUGUACGAUCCAAGAUCACAACAAUUUUGUUGUAAUUUUUAGUACAAUAUUUUCUCCGUAUUAUAUAUAAACAGUAUUUCCUUAAUAUGUUUUGUAGGUAAAGAGUAUUUAAUUUUUAUUAUAUCACUAAAAAGUAAAAGUUUUUUAAUUAAUUUGAAAAAUUGUUUAAAAACUUUAAAUAUGUUUCGUUCUGAAAUAUUUAAUUAUUUAUGAGUACUCCUAAUAUUUUAUUCUUUAAAAGAAUCAUAAUAUUUCAUUAUUUACAAAAAUUUAUUACUUUCCUCAGCAAGAUAAACUCUAUUGAAAGUAUGUUCUUGCACUGGAAAAUAAUGUAAAGUCGAGAGAAAUUUAUAUAACACACAAAAGUUAUGUAACAUUUUCUGCGCGUAUGUGUUAUGAUAGCUAAAAGAAAUUUUUCCAUUGGACGUCGACUGCGUUCCAAAGUGCGUCGAAUGAAAUGCGCGUGCAGGCCGCUCUGCGAACGCGAGUGAUUAUUAUCCUGUGUAACUUAAUGAGGCGAUCUUCCGCUAGAGAAACUGUGCAAUUAUAUACUUUACAGUUGUUCCUUUUCUCUGUACGCGAAUGAAAGUAUAUACUUUGUAAUUUAAAUCUUUUAAUGCCUCUGUGUGUAAAGCACUUGGUGUGCUCACCUCCCGGUCUCUGUCACCAAUGGAAUUUCUAAAAGAUUUACGUAUAGAGUAUACACGAACGAAAAGGUGAAAAUAAGAUGACGAAGCCUUGAUGACAAAUACGUGAAAUAUCGGUUCUCCCACUGAUAUGUACAUUAUUGAAGUUACUUAACUACCCGUAAAACGAUAAGCUUUAACUUCUCUCUAAGAUAUUUACACGUUAAUCGAUCGCUAUUUUAAUCUGAACGUUCGUCCCUCGAGUCAAGUGUGAGGGAGUUCUUAAGUUAAUAUGAUAACCGGUUUGAAUAAUAUCGUGCAGAGUGUAGAAAAUGCGAGACUAUCGCAUCGGACGACUGCGGACGUAUUUCUCGAUGAAUUCGAUCAGCUGACGGGGGCCUAAUUGUGAAGUUGUGACAUUCGGUGUUUAUGCGAAAUGUAGAUUAAGCGACAGGAUAUCUUUUCCUGCUAAUUAACUCUGCCCGCGAGGAUGCUAUCCUUUAAGACUCCUGACUAGUCACUGUGACUGUCCUUGUUUAAUGACGUCAGAAGUGAGAAAACACAUGCUAAGAUUUCGUCCGUUAUACUUUUAAUUGAAAAGAUAUAUCCACAAAGUGACAUUGGUGAUCGAUUCAGCACACUUGUGAAAUUGUUCGAACACUUUCCUUUUACUCGAACAAUCAAUAAAUAAUCGCAAAAUUAACUUGACAUGGAACCUUCUUUUUUAACCUCUUUUCUCAAGAUCAUGUCAAUGUUAAUUUUGCGACUAUUUAUUGAUUGUUCGAGCAAAAGGAAAGUGUUCGGACAAUUUUACAAGUGUGCUGAAUCGAUCACCAAUAUCACUUUGUGGAUAUAUCUUUUUAAUUAAAAGUAUAACGGAUGAAAUCUUGGCAUGCGUUUUCUCGCUUCUGACGUCACUAAACAAGGACAGUUAUAGCGACUAGCCAGGAACCUUAAUGAGAAUUUAAUCCUCGUAUUAACAAUUAACGUAUGUGUGUAAAUUAUAUAUAUAUAUAUAUAUAUAUGUAUAUAUAUUAUAUACAUAUAUAGAGUUGUUUCUGUUUAUUAUAUAUUAUAUAUAUAAUUAUAUAUAUUAUAUAUAUAAUAUAUAUUAUAUUAUAUUAAUAUUUAUAUAAUAUAUAUAAUAUAUAUUAUAUAAUAUAUAUAAUAUAUAUUAUAUAUAUAAUUAUAUAUAUUAUAUAUAUAAUAUAAUAAUACAUAUUUACAUAUUGAUCAUUUAACUUUUGAAGGAUGCGAAAAACAACAGACAAGAAGAAGUCAAGCUCGACGUUAUCUAAAAAUACAUUCGCACGCCAUUGUUGUAGUCUCGCAUUUUGCUGUGCGUCCUGUAUAUUAGUUGUAUCGGUAAUAUUAGAGUACGGAGAGAAUUCGCGCGUGAAUAAUAUUAAUUUAACCGUCUCUAGCUACGUAUGUAAAAAAAAGAUAAACAGGAAAAUCCGACGUUGCGACGAAUAAUGAUUAUCAUCAUCCAGCGUGAUUUUCACACUUGCGCCUGAUUUCGUACGCGGCUAAUGUUGUCUGGGAGUGUCGCUCGAGGACAACCCGGGCAGCGCGAGCUUCUAAAAGACGUCGUGGAGGCGUGUGAAGGGCAUCCUUGCGAAUGUCUCUCGGACGUCUCUUAGAGAUUCGAGCAGCCUGGCCGAUAUGUAACAUCGAUCUUAAAGUCAAUCCCAUUCGGAGAUUCGUAUAAUAAUUCCCGCCACUGCGUUUCACUCGUCUCUUAUUUCGUGAUCACACGAGAAUCGCAUUUUUCACAUCGAUCUCGUAAAAACACGUUGAGAGCGAAUCGCCGAUCGCGGAACAACCCGCAAGGCUCUGUUCCUUCGCGAAGAGGGCGACCUGUCUUCGAACAAAUUAGGUCGAGGUGGUCCGUAUACGAAGGACAAACAGACAUUGCCUUUCCUCACACGAAGCAUAAACCAGAAAAAAAAAAAAACAAAACAUCCUCCGAAGACACUUCGCCCGCGCACGAAUUAAUUACUUCGAGAAGCGUAUAUGUUAGAUUUACGAUUUCUAAAUACAUAUACAGAGUGGUCCGUUUAAAAUCACUCGUUCCUGAUAAGAUUUGAUAUUGCUAGCGAGAGAAUCGAGAGAGUUUUUUCAAAAUAGCGAUUUCAAGAUAGGUUGUUUAUUGUCCUACUGCAGAGUUUUUCGCAUACGGAUAUGGAUUUUCACUCUCUCAGUGUCUCAGACUUGUAUUUCUUUUCGGAUACACAGGCACUCAUGCACACAUAUUCCAUUGACUUGUAGAGAGAUGGAAAAAUUAGAGAGAGAAAGAGAGAGAGAAAAGAAAGAGACGGACAGUUUUAACGUAGUGAUUUCCGUAAUAAUAGACACAUUCAUACACACGAAGCUGAGGCAAGCUUUAUCAUUUUGUCGAUUGUAACUUCUUUUAUCAGAGAAUAUAGUCCCAUGUAUCAACGGCGUAUCGUUAAAAUAUCUAAUCGACUAAUCUGAACGUCGUUUAUCGAUUAUAAACGGUGUUAUGUGUCCUCGCAAUGAAAUUUGAUGUCUGGUCGUGUAAACGACGUGUAUUAUCAACGUGCAAGAGUGUCGCGAGGAAUUCUACUAAACAAUGUAAACGAAAACUAUGUGUGAUUGGUGUAACGUAACGUAAAAGAAAAAAGGAUAAAGAAACGUUAAAUAUAUCACGACGAUAAAUCGAUGUAAUAUAAUCAGAGUUGUGAAGAUAUAAAUUAAAUCUUUCUCAACUUAAUAACUGAUUUGAAUCAGUAUGUUUCGACUAAUUAACGAUUGAUUCCAAUAAAGUCAACCGAAGAAUGUUUAAUUGACGAUUGAUUUCAACAAAUUCAAUUAAAGUACGUUCAAUUGACGAUUGAUAUAAGCAAAGGGAAUUAAAGAUCGUUCAAUUAACAAUUGAGCUUAGUAAAUUUAAUUAAAGACUGUUUAAUUGACGAUUGAUAUGAGCAAAUUCAAUUAACUCAAGUUACAGUUGGUUUUAUGUAUAAUAUUCAUUCUCAAAGUAUCGUGGCAUCGUGAAAAAUGCUAAUAAUUAAGCAAGAUCUGUGUUGAAAGGAGCAUUGAGUGUAUUAGUUGUCAUCAAGUAAUCUUCGAAUAAAUCGAUUGAAUUUGCUCAUAUCAAUUAAACGUUCUUUAAUUAAAUUUACUAAGUUCAAUCGUGUCAAUUAAACUGUCUUUAAUUAAAUUUGCUAUGUUCAAUUAUUAUCUGAAUAAUCUUUAAUUCCCUUUACUCAUUCAUUUAAUUCAAUUUGCUAAGUUCAGUCGUCAAUUGAAUGGUCUUUAAUUGAAUUCGUUGAAACCAAUCGUCAAUCGAGUGGUUUUGGAUUGAAUUUGCUAAAAUCAAUUGUGAAUUAAACGGUCUUCAAUUGGAUUGGCUCAUAUUAAUCGUCAAUUAAACGUGAUAAUUAAGAAAGUAGUUAACUACUCGCAACCCUGAAUGUAAUACACGUAAGAAGGGGAACAGGGGGAGUUGAUUUCUUGACAGGUGCGAAUAUCUACGGGAUAUUUCUUUGAGGCCUAUGCAAGUCCGCGCAAAGAAAGAAAGAAAGAAAGAAAAAGAAAGAGAGAGAGAGAGUUAUGACUCAUUUGUUAUGGAUUUGUACUUGUUACUCUUCGCGAGAUUAUGUAUGGAUAUGAAAAGUAUCGCGGAAAUUGUAUCCCGGCUAAUUAUACGAGAGAUUAUGUGCCAUUGAGUUUCCACAUAAAUCACAACGAUGCCACCUUUCGAUCGAAUCUUCUUUCGGUUCGUGUGAACGCGUAUAUAUUUAUUUGUGAACUUCAUUAGUGAGAUUUUACUCGAUUUCAUGAUCGCUCGAUGUAAUAUCUUGAUGUCGACCUCGCGAUUAUCUAGCGUCCUAUCCCCAGAUAGCACGAGUUAUCGGGGCGCACGCGGAUGGGAAAAUAUAGGGGGAGGACUAGGUAAUUCAUCAAUUAAUUAAUCUUCGACGAAUAUAUCACGCUGAUGAUUUCGCUGACACAAUCGAAGCCUUUGUCGAAUGACACAAUCUUGCUCGGCGAGUGAUCGUGAAAACUCACCGCAGGGAGAUCAUCCUUCGCUCGCAUUCCGUGGAAUGUUUGUUACACGACAUCGAGAAAAAUGCGACCUGCGAGAGAGAGAGAGAGAGAGAAAGGAAAAUAGCGAAAAGUACAGGCGUGUAAGAUCCAUCGCGCGAGAUAGACAGAUAGACACCUUCCGAGCUCUUCCAUGCAUUCCGCGAAUUUGAAGUCGAGACACGACGUCAAUUGACACCUGCGUAAAAGCGUUGUAUCCGUGUAUAUAACCGAACAUUAUUAGUUAAUACGUUGACCGCCACGUGGGUCACCGGUGGCCGACGCUAUUAUAACUUUGUCGCGUUUCUUUUAAUUGCGCAUUAAGCGUAGCUAGUCGCACCUUUAACGAAUUAAAUAUAGGGUUUGAUACGCGCAUACAUAUAUAUAUAUAUAUUAUAUAUAUAUAUAUAUAUAUAUAUAUAUAUAUAUAUAUAACUGUGUGUAUGUGUGUGUGUACAGGAAACUGAAUAAAUUAGUUGAGAAAUAUAAGGUUUAUUCAGAAGUCUUAUCCCGUGAACGCUGAACAAAUGCUGAACAAGUGCUGAUUGAAGCAAAAUAGAAAUCAAAGUAGAAACAUGUUGACGGAUAAAGCGUGUAGAGUUUAUAGGAAAAGACUUCUCACACUCAACUUGAUAUACGCGGUUAGCCAAGAAACGGGCUCUAUUCAAAAGUCUUGCCUCAUAAACGUUGAACAGAUGUUAUUGCGAAAAAACAGUUUUCAAGAGAGAUAUACCGACGAGAGUGAAAUAUGUGUAUUUUACUGGAGAAGAUUUCUGGGAUCGACCUAAAAAAUAUAUGCAGUUAGCUGAAGAAACGAGGCCGAUUCAAAAGUCAUUCCUCAUAAACGCUGACAAACGUUGUUUGAACAAAUAGUUUUCAUGUGUAAAUUGUCGACGAGUGAAACGUGUGUUUUAUGAGAAAAGAUUUUUGGAUCAACCUAAUAUAUGCAAUUGGCUAAGUAAUGAGGUUUGUUCAUGAGGUCUUGCCUCAUGAACGUUGAACAGCUGUUUUGACGCGAACAAAAAGUUCUGAAGCGAAGAUAUGUCGAGAAAAAUGAAGCAUGUAUUUUAUGGAGGAGGACUUUUGAAUCAACUUGCUCUGUGCAACAGGAAAUAUAUAUGUAUUUAUGUCGUAUUAACUCUGGUUAUUUAAACUAGUCGCUUAGAACGAUCCAUGGAUCGUGGCUUUGCCGUGCGAUCCGUGGAAAUCAGCGUGGCAGUCAGCGUGUUAAGUAUCUCAAAGAGUAACAUUCGACGCGCGCGCGCGUGUACUUAGUCGUCCAACUGCGGCAGUGUCUUCAGUAACGAUGGCGUAACAAAUGUUCUACGUAUUUAUGAUAGAUGUAAUUACGUUUGUUAUAAUAGCACGCUUCUAUUUGACGAUAUCCAAAUAAUAUACUAUGUUCGCAUGUGAUUGGAUACACCGACACGCAAUUAUUACGAUUAAUAAUGUUGUACUUAAAACGAAAAGAACAAAGAAUUAUUGUAAAGCCGUGUAAUAAAUAACAACAAAUGUAAAUAAAUUAGGUUGUAUCAAUAUGAAUACAGGAUAAUAUAUAUACGUUUCGAGCUCUGGG